AUGCAGGCUGAAGCUAGAGCUUUGGAGUUGGGUGCCCAAAUUACCAAGGUGCUUAAUCUUCAUAGGCCUAAUUUAUUAACAGAUAACCAGGUUCUGGCAGAAGCUGCGGCGAGGCGAUGCCCUAAAAUUUACCCUGGCCACUGGACCAUCAGGGAUAGUCCUAAUGCUCACAACCUUCGUAAUGUUGGAGCUUGUAUUUUCACACUAAGGAAGCUGAUCCUAGAGUAUUCAAAGAUUAGUAGGUCAAGCAACAAGGGUGCCCAUAGGCAAGCUCAAGAUGGUUACAACCUAGUGGGAGACAGGAGGCUAUCAGAGAGCAGAGACCAUGGCGACUCCCUGUACCAGUACGCCUGGGUUCACCGGUCCUCUCACGGCACUAAGAAAUUGGUCUCCAUCAUCGGCGCGCGCCACACCACAUUCCAUCUCUACCACCACCGAUCGACCAAGCUCAUCUACUCGAUGAUGCUCCGGAGUCCGGUCGCCAUGCGGGCCACGGCCACUUCCACCCGCCCCGCCGCCACCAAAUUCUUACUCACCGUCGUCGUCGUCCUCUCCUUGGCCCUGGCCACGCACGCCGUGCCGCUCAGCCGGCCGACCUGCGUGCCCGAGGAGCGGGACGCGCUGCUAUCCUUCAAGGACGGCGUCACCAGCGACCCCGGAGGGCUCCUCACCUCCUGGCGACGAGGAUCAGACUGCUGCCGGUGGCGGCAUGUCCGGUGCAGCAACCAGACGGGCCGCGUGGUCGCGCUUAGCCUCCGGAACGCGCCGGGCGGGGCCGAGCUCGACGACAGAGGGAACUACGAGGGGGCGCUCGUCGGCCGGAUAAGCCCCUCGCUCCUCUCCCUCUCGCGGCUGCGGCACCUGGACCUCAGCCGGAACUACCUCGAGGGCUCCCCCGACGCCGCCCUACGGGCGUUCUUGGGCGGCCUCCGGAGCCUGCGCUACCUCAACCUCUCCGGCAUCUACUUCUCCGGCGAGGUCCCGCCGCAGCUGGGAAACCUCUCGAGGCUGCGCUCCCUUGACCUCUCAAGCGACUUCGGCACGCAGCUGUUGCGCUCGUCAGACCUCUCGUGGCUGGCGCGUCUGCCGUUGCUGCGGCACCUCAGCCUGAGCUCGAUCGACAUGAGCAGAGCACCGGACUGGCCUCGGGCGGUGAGCAUGCUCCCUUCACUCAAAACUCUCUAUUUCUCUUCCUGCUCGCUUCCAAGCACGAACCACUGGAAACUUCCGGCGGCAGGCUUGCGUAACCUCACAAAUCUUGAGGAGCUGGAUCUCUCCAUGAACCACCUCAACCACCCGGCCGCAUACUCCUGGUUCUGGAACGUGACAAGCCUCACUCACAUCAACCUCAUGGGAACCUUCCUGUCCGGGCAGCUCCCUAAUGCACUGGACGCCAUGGUGUCCCUUGAGAUUCUUGAUUUCUCAUAUAAUGGAAACAUGGCCACCAUGCCAAGAAGCUUGAGAAACCUCUGCAACCUGAGGUACUUAGACCUCGAGUCGAGCCUCGUAGGCGGCCAGGACAUUGUCAAGCUGAUGGAAAGCCUGCCGCGGGGAUGCCCAUCCAACAGGUUGCAACAAUUGUACCUAGCAAACAAUGGUAUGGUUGGAACCUUGCCAAACUACAAGAGGUUGAGGCACCUGACUGGUGGGUUGCAAGUUCUUGAUCUCUCUUACAACAACCUCACGGGAUCGAUACCGUUGUCCAUGGGAAAUCUUACUAGCUUGGGCACUCUUGACAUAUCUUACAAUAAACUCACUGGAUCAGUACCCACAGGGGAAGGAUAUUUUGCUGGUUUGAGCACCCUUGUACUGUCCUGCAAUCUCCUUGUUGGUAACAUACCUGCAGGAAUAGGACACUUCGCUAGAUUAAGCACUCUAGACCUUCGUGGCAACUACCUCACUGGACAUGUCCCGCCUCAGCUUGGUAUGCUCUCUAAUCUAACUUACCUGGACAUUAGUCUCAAUGAUCUUCAUGGUGUGCUCACGGAGGAGCACUUUGCUAAAAUGGCCAGUUUAGAGACAUUGGACCUAUCGCAGAAUCCCCUACUCAAGAUUCACGUGGAUUCAGAAUGGAAGACUCCCUUCAAGCUUAGAGAUGCAAAUUUUUCGUUGUGCAUCAUGGGUCCCCUUUUUCCUGCCUGGCUCCAGUGGCAGGUGAAUCUUACUUACCUUGACAUCUCAAGCUCAGGUAUAACUGAUAAGCUCCCGGACUGGUUCACCAUUGCAUUUUCAACAAUGGAUUUUCUGGAUAUGUCCAAUAAUUCAAUAUAUGGCGAGUUGCCAGAAAAUAUGGAGGACAUGUCAUUGACACAAUUCUUUCUCGAUUCCAAUAGACUUACUGGGCCCAUACCAAGUCUACCAAGGAAUAUCAUCUACUUGGAUAUCUCCAUGAACUCUUUAUCAGGGCCUUUCCCAUCCAAUCUUGGAGCUCCGGGACUAGAAACGCUGCUUAUGUUCUCGAAUGGCAUCGUGGGUCAUCUUUCCGAAUCAAUCUGCCAUUCACAGAAAUUGAUAGUCUUAGACUUAGCAAACAACCUUCUCGUUGGAGAACUACCUUCAUGUUCUAGAAUGGAAUCCUUGAGGUACCUGCUGUUAAGUAACAAUAGCUUCUCUGGACCAUUCCCACCAUUUGUACAGAGCUGCAAAAAUUUGGGUUUCUUGGAUCUUGCAUGGAAUAACUUAUCCGGAACAUUGCCGACGUGGAUUGGCAACUUGGUGCAACUGCAAUUUGUACGGUUGAGUUAUAACAUGUUCUCUGGGAAGAUCCCGGUCAUCAUCACAAAACUCAAGUUCCUUCAUCAUUUGAAUCUAGCAGGAAAUAAUAUAUCCGGAUCCAUCCCACUGGGUAUGUCAAACCUAACAGCAAUGACACGGAUGGCGGUAAGGAUUGGCUCGUUUCCUUAUCAGGCGUAUGCAAAUGCGGCGGGUGAAGGUGGAAAUAGCUUGUCCGCUGUUACCAAGGGGCAAGAACUUAAGUAUGGUGUAGGAAUUUUGGAUAUGGUGAGCAUUGACUUAUCCUUCAACGGGUUAACUGGGAUAAUUCCAGAGGAAAUUGCUUCUCUUGACGCACUGUUAAACAUAAAUGUGUCUUGGAAUCGCCUGAGCGGUAAAAUCCCAGAAAAUAUUGGGGCCAUACAGUCACUUGAGUCACUCGACCUCUCAAAGAACAUGCUCUCUGGCGAGAUCCCUUCAAGCUUGUCAAAGAUAACAUACUUAAGCUUCUUGAACCUAUCUGAAAACAAUCUUACAGGGAGAAUACCACCAGGCUCUCAGCUUGACACCCUGUACCAGGAGCACCCAUCUAUAUACGAUGGCAACAGUGGGCUUUGCGGACCUCCUCUUCAGAAGAAUUGCUCGAGAAAUGGUACAUCAACGCAAGAUGGUCAGAACAGAACUGGCCAUGGUUUUGAGCCAAUGUCUUUUAGAUUUGGGCUUGUUCUGGGUCUCAUUCUGGGCCUCUGGUUGGCGCUCUUCACCCUUCUAUUAAUGAAAGCAUGGAGGAUUGCUUAUUUCCGCCUCUUUGACAAGUUGUAUGAUCAGAUAUAUGUGUUUGCCGUUGUUAAAUGGAAAAGAUUGGCCAGAGCAGGAACAACAGAUUAGGCAUCACAAAGUAGCCGACGUUACAGAUCUUAAUAAAGAGCUUUGAAGACCCGUGCGGCAUACAGAUAAUUCUGAUGAUCACAUGAUGUCUAUUACGUGUGUACAACAAUAAUCCUGGUGUAUUCCCUGGAAUAUGUGUGUAUUACUUGGCAAUCAUCAUUUG